GGCACUGCCGAAUACUUUUUUUUGAUUCAUUUUUUGAUUAAAUCUCUUUUUUUCUACCGAGUAGAGCUGACAGGUAGUAUUCUGCCCACUUCGAGGAAGGUUUGUCGGUCCAGGUUGCCGUCUAGUGACUCCAGUCUACGAUUUACGAACCUACUCCGUACACAGUUUGUGGUCUUGGCUCCCUCUCGCCUGCACCUUCCAGGUCCUUCAAUGACCUCCUCAGGCUCAGACACCUCCAAGGUCCGUUCAUACUGACGCACCCAAACAUUCGUCGCUUGUCUUGGGAUGCGUUCAUCUCUUCGACUUUGGCAUGGUCUUCACUCUAAUCCUCACAAGUCGCAUUUCCUUCUUCUUCUCUACCGGACUGUCCUGAUUCACGCGGUUCACUACCCGGAAACACCGUGGUCCACCAGCCCUGCCACCCGCCGGCAGCGUUGCAGCCAACAAACAACACCCCCGGCAAACACCCAAAAUGCGCUGGCUGAGAUUCCCGGUUUUCACCACUUAAAAUCUGGUCUUUUAUCCUUCCCGCUGCAGGGCUCGUCGCAGUUUUGCAGGGUCUCCGGUCAAUCACUGCGGGCGGUGCCACAUCAAACUCCAUCGAACUGGCCUUCAGACAGCCAACUCUUGAUCAUUUUUCAACCUCCAUCCUAUGAUCCUUCACGGCAUCUUCCCCGACCACCGCCCAUUCUGCCUCGAAAGUUCUUGGCCCCUUCCAACGUUCGAAGCCUUGUUUCCCGGAGACACGGCGAGCGGCGCGAGUAACGGCAGCCAUCCGGCACCAAACCUACCGAGUGACAUCAACGUGCUUGGCUUGGCUUCUUCGGCCGAGUGAGCGACGUACCAGAAAAUACCCCAAUUCCACCUGCCCACCGACGCAAUCCCCUCGUGAUUGUCCAUGCUAUCGACAAGCUACG